AUGCGCACGUUAUCAUUGCACAACAAUGGCACCGAACAUCUGUCGCAACCGUCAACUGACACCCAGUCGACAGUCAAUGGAGGAAGUGCACCAAUCAGUGAGGAGAGCUCUGCUGCGAAGCCGCCGCCGCAGAAGGUGGCCCAGCAGUACCUCAAAUCCCGGUUCCUCGGCUUAACUGCAGACCAGAUAAAGACUCUGUUCCACCUCUCUGUGAACAGCAGCCUGCGCAUGCUCCUGCCUCUCGUUGCGGCGUUAGCCGUGCAGCUGACUCGGCACCUGAAGCAGGAAGACUUCUUGAGCCUCUGGCAGCAGGUGCUUCAACUGGACCUGUCAUAUGCGAUUGCAGCCUUUUCCGCUGUCAUCUUCGCUGUUACAGUCUUCGUGCUCACCCGUCCCCGGCGUAUCUUCCUCGUUGAUUUCGCCUGCUAUCGCCCGCCGGAGCACCUUGUCAUCACAAAGGACGUAGCGCUGGAUCGGGUAACGCGACUGGGCUACUUCGACGAGAAAAGCAGAGAGUUUCAGACGAAGGUGUUUGAGCGAUCGGGCCUCGGCAACCGAACGUACUUACCGCCUUCCAUGCACACCUGGCCCCCUUCUCCCUCAAUCUCCAACGCUCGCGUCGAAGCCGAGAUGGUGAUUUUCGGAGCGAUGGACGAGCUGUUUGCCAAGACAGGAAUCGACCCUAAGGACGUCUCUAUUCUCAUAGUCAACUGCACCAUCUUCUGCCCGACACCGUCCCUGUCUGCCCUGGUGGUUAACCACUACAAGAUGCGUGAGGACAUUCAGUCGUACAACCUAGGCGGCAUGGGAUGCAGCGCGAGCGUCUCUGCUGUGAAGCUGGCCGGUGACCUUCUUCAGUCGCAGCCGAACAAGUACGCGGUUAUCGUUUCCACGGAGAACAUCACGCAAAACGCGUAUCUCGGUAACCGUCGCUCCAUGCAGGUUACCAACGUUUUGUUUCGCAUGGGUGGAGCCACUGCGCUGAUCUCCAACAAGCCGCGUGAUGCCUGGAGGGCCAAGUACGAGCUGGGUCACGUUGUUCGUACGCACUUGGGCGCAGACGACAAGAGCUACAAGUGCAUUUACCAGGAGCAGGAUGAGAACAAAAUCUCCGGCGUCAUGCUCUCUCGCGAGCUCAUGGCCACUGCUGCUCAAGCCCUCAAGGCCAACAUCACAACCCUGGGACCCCUGGUGCUGCCGGUUUCGGAGAAGCUGAUCUACGCUGCAGCUUACAUCGCCAGGCGCGUCUUCAGAGCGAACAUUAAGGAGUACGUGCCGGAUUUCAGGCUCGCGUUCGAGCAUUUCUGCAUCCACCCUGGUGGCCGCGCUCUUCUAGACGAGGUCCAGAAGGCGCUCAACCUCUCGCCGCACGACAUGGAGCCCAACAGAAUGACUCUGUACCGAUGGGGCAAUCUCUCAUCCGCCUCCAUCUGGUACGAGCUGUCAUUCCUCGAGGCUCGGGACCGCGUUCGGCGUGGAGACCGCGUAUGGCAGCUCGCGUUUGGGAGCGGAUUCAAGUGCCAGAGUGCCACAUGGAGAGCUCUUCGCAGCAUUCCUGGUGAGAAGAACGGAGGCCCCUGGGCUGAGAAUGGUGAGGUGUCUUCACCACCCCCAGGUGAGGCCAUCUAG